AUGCGCUACCAAUAUGAAUUAGCUAACAUUAAACAAACAUUUCAACAUAAACAACUCUUGCCUCAAGAAAUUCCUAGUUAUGCCUAUAAUAAUGAAUCAAAGAGGAUUAUUCCUCCGUUAAUUAAAAAACCUAAAAUCUCUUCCCUUACUAGUGAAGGUGAAUCUACUGAUACUGAUCUUGAUAUCGAUCUUAAACCAAGUGUGAGUGGGAAAGUUAUGGAUUCUUCUACAAUUUUAAAGAUUUUGGAAGAUCCAGAAUUAUUUAAACAAAGACAUGAAGAAAUCCGAUUAGAAUUACUUGAACAUGUUAAAUCUCAAGAUAAUUUAAUUGAAAAUGUUACAGAAGAAUUAGAUAAAUCAAAAGAUGCCAAUAAAGCUUUUAAACAAGCUUUAAGUGAAAUUGGUACUGUUGUUAUAUCUGUUGCUAUGGGGGAUUUAUCAAAAAAAGUUGAAAUCCAUACUGUUGAAUCUGAUCCAGAAAUUUUAAAAGUUAAAAUUACUAUUAAUACUAUGAUGGAUCAAUUACAAACUUUUGCUAGUGAAGUUACUAAAGUUGCAACUGAAGUUGCUAAUGGUGAAUUAGGUGGUCAAGCUAAAAAUGAAGGAUCAGUUGGAAUUUGGAGAUCUCUUACUGAUAAUGUUAAUAUUAUGGCACUUAAUUUAACUAAUCAAGUUAGAGAAAUUGCUGAUGUUACUCGAGCUGUUGCAAGUGGUGAUUUAUCUAGAAAAAUUAAUGUUCAUGCUCAAGGAGAAAUUUUACAAUUACAAAUGACUAUCAAUACAAUGGUGGAUCAAUUAAGAACUUUUGCAUUUGAAGUUUCUAAAGUAGCUAGAGAUGUUGGAGUUUUAGGUAUAUUAGGUGGUCAAGCUUUAAUUGAAGGAGUUGAAGGUAUUUGGAAAGAAUUAACUGAUAAUGUAAAUGCUAUGGCACUUAAUUUAACAACUCAAGUUAGAAAUAUUGCUAAUGUUACAACUGCGGUUGCCAAGGGAGAUUUAUCUAAAAAGGUUACUGCUGAUUGUAAAGGAGAAAUUUUAAAUUUGAAAUUAACUAUUAAUCAAAUGGUGGAUCGUUUACAAACUUUUGCAGUUGAAGUUACAACUUUAUCAAGAGAAGUUGGUACUUUAGGUAUUCUAGGAGGUCAAGCUAAUGUUCAAGAUGUUGAAGGGGCUUGGAAAGCAGUUACAGAAAAUGUUAAUCUAAUGGCAACAAAUUUAACAAAUCAAGUUAGAUCUAUUGCUACAGUUACUACAGCGGUAGCUCAUGGAGAUUUAUCACAAAAGAUUGAUGUUCAUGCUCAAGGAGAAAUUUUACAAUUGAAAAAUACCAUCAAUAAGAUGGUGGAUUCGUUACAAUUAUUUGCUUCAGAAGUAUCUAAAGUUGCCCGAGAUGUGGGUAUUAAUGGUAAAUUAGGUAUUCAAGCUCAAGUUUCUGAUGUUGAUGGAUUAUGGAAAGAAAUUACUUCUAAUGUUAAUACUAUGGCAUCAAAUUUGACAUCACAAGUUAGAGCUUUUGCUCAAAUUACUGCCGCAGCAACCGAUGGAGAUUUUACAAGAUUUAUUACGGUUGAAGCAUCUGGAGAAAUGGAUGCUUUAAAGACCAAGAUUAAUCAAAUGGUGUUAAAUUUAAGAGAAUCAAUUCAAAGAAAUACUGCGGCAAGAGAAGCAGCAGAAUUAGCUAAUAGUGCUAAAUCAGAAUUCUUAGCUAAUAUGUCUCAUGAAAUUAGAACUCCAUUAAAUGGUAUUAUUGGAAUGACUCAAUUAUCAUUAGAUACAGAAUUAACUCAAUAUCAACGAGAAAUGUUAUCGAUUGUUCAUAAUUUAGCUAAUUCUUUAUUAACUAUUAUUGAUGAUAUAUUAGAUAUUUCCAAGAUUGAAGCCAAUAGAAUGACCGUUGAACAAAUUGAUUUUUCUUUAAGAGGUACAGUAUUUGGAGCUUUAAAGACUUUAGCAGUUAAAGCUAUUGAAAAGAAUUUAGAUUUAACUUAUCAAUGUGAUUCAUCAUUCCCCGAUAAUUUAAUUGGUGAUUCAUUUAGAUUAAGACAAGUUAUAUUAAAUUUAGCAGGUAAUGCCAUUAAAUUUACUAAAAAGGGUAAAGUAUCAGUUAGUGUUAAAAAAUCAACUAAACAAGUUGAAGAUUCAGAAAAAUUAUUAUUAGAAGUUUGUGUUAGUGAUACAGGAAUUGGAAUUGAAAAGGAUAAAUUAGGAUUAAUUUUUGAUACAUUUUGUCAAGCUGAUGGUUCAACAACAAGAAAAUUUGGUGGUACUGGAUUAGGAUUAUCAAUUUCUAAACAAUUAAUUCAUUUAAUGGGAGGAGAAAUUUGGGUUACAUCAGAAUAUGGAUUAGGAUCUAAUUUUUAUUUUACAAUUAGUGUAUCACCUUCAAAAAUUAGAUAUACUCGACAAACUGAACAAUUAUUACCAUUUAGUGGUCAUCAUGUUUUAUUUGUUUCAACAGCUCAUACUGAUGAAGAACUUGAAGAAAUUAGAGUGGCUAUUGUAGAAUUAGGAUUAAAUCCUGUUAUUGUUCGAGAUUCAAAUGAAGCUACAUUAACUGAACCAGUUAAAUAUGAUAUUAUUAUGAUUGAUUCUAUUCAAACAGCUAAAAUCCUUCGAUUAUUGAGUGAAGUCAAAUAUAUUCCUCUUGUAUUAUUACAUCAUUCAAUUCCAGAAUUAAAUAUGAGAGUUUGUAUUGAUUUAGGUAUUUCAUCUUAUGGAAAUACUCCUUGUUCAAUAACUGAUCUUGCAAGUGCAAUAAUUCCUGCAUUAGAAUCAAGAUCUAUUUCUCAAAAUUCAGAUGAAUCUGUAAGUUAUAAUGUAUUAUUAGCUGAAGAUAAUUUAGUUAAUCAAAAACUUGCAGUAAGAAUUUUAGAAAAGCAAGGUCAUCAAGUUGAAGUAGUUGAAAAUGGUUUAGAAGCAUUUGAAGCAGUUCAAAAGAAGAGAUAUGAUGUUGUAUUAAUGGAUGUUCAAAUGCCAGUUAUGGGAGGAUUUGAAGCUACUGAAAAGAUUAGACAAUGGGAAAAGAAAUCUAAUCCAAUUGAUUCUCUUACAUUUAGAACUCCAAUUAUUGCUUUAACUGCUCAUGCUAUGUUGGGAGAUCGAGAGAAAUCUUUGGCUAAAGGAAUGGAUGAUUAUGUAUCUAAACCAUUAAAGCCAAAAUUAUUAAUGCAAACCAUUAAUAAAUGUAUUCAUAAUAUUAAUCAAUUAAAAGAACUUUCUAAGCAGAAUAAUAAUAAUAGAACAUCUGAUUUUGCUAAGAAUUUGAAAAAGGGUUCUAUUAAAAAUGGUGAGAGAUCAGCUACUAAUUUACUAAAUAUUGGAUCGAGUAAUUCGAGUUCAAGUUUACUUAAUGGUAGUUCAAGUUCUUCUCAUAAGAAUAAUGGUAAUGGUAAUGGUAAUGGUAAUAGUAAUAGUAGUAAUGGUUCAAUAUCAUUAUCUCGUUCAUCUACUCCUUCAUCUGAUUACCCUAACAGUCCAAAGAUCAAUAAAACAAGAUCCAAUGACUUUAUUGCCACCACACGACCCAUCCAGUUAUCGAUAAAUAAUCGAUCUAUUACUGAAAGUGUAUUAUCGUAUCCUAAGCUCAGUGAAGUCGAUAAUAUGGAAGUGGAUGAAGAUCACCAUGAUUAAGUGAUUUCUUAUCCGCUACCAAUGCCAAUGCCAAUGCCAAUGCGAAUUCCAAUUCCAA